AUGAUAGCAAACCCUAGAAGAACUUUGAGAUCAACAUUUAAGAGGCGAAUGAGACUGUGGUCUCUGCUUCUGUGCUUUCGGAGUUUGGGAUUGCGGAGAGGGGUUCGAUCUUCGUCGGCGUCUAUAUUUGAUUCUGCUUCUCGCACUUCGUCGCCCACUUCCAGCCAUUUUCAGAUCAAGCAUGGUACUAUUCUUCUUCUUCUCUAUGUGGAUGAUAUGAUCAUCACUGGCGAUGACACAGUGGGUAUCUAUAGUCUCAAACAGUUUCUCAGUCGCCAGUUUGAGAUGAAGGAUUUAGGUCUUCUCAACUAUUUUCUCAGCUUGGAAAUCUCUCACGAUCCGUCUAGUUACUUUCUCUCCCAAGCCAAGUAUACUUCUGAUCUCUUGGCUCGUGUUGGUCUUACCGAUUUCAAGACUGCCUCUACUCCCGUGGAUCUUCAGACUCGUCUCACACUUCUUGAUGGUCACCUGUUGUCUAAUGCUACUUUAUAUCGUCAACUAGUUGGCAGUCUUGUCUAUCUCACAGUUACUCGUCCAGACAUUGCUUAUGUUGUUCAUAUUGUUAGUCAGUUCAUGGCUACUCCUCGCUCUCCGCACUAUGAUGCUCUGGUUUGCAUUUUACGAUAUCUCAAAGGCACUAUGUUUCAUGGUCUUUACUACUCUACUUACUCUUCUCUGCAGUUACAUGCAUUUUCUGAUGCUGUUUAG